AUUCAGAAAUUGGAACUGAAUUUUAAUUCGACAAAGAAGGAACCGGAAUGAAUCUUCGCGAGAGUAAUUUUUACAUAAAUGUUGAUUUGCAUUCUUUUUUUAGAUUAGAAUCUAUUUUUGCUGAGAACAAGCGCACGUGAAUGAUUGAUUGUCAUGUCUCUUUUACAAGGAGCUGUGUUGUCGCAAGUACCGGGUAAUGAAGGAUGGCCUGAUGAUGCUUGCUUAUAUCAACCAUUUGAAGAUCAUCAAAUACUUCUGAACGAAAAUGCACCUUGUUUGGCAGUUCAAGUUUAUAUUCAUAUGUGUGGACUUGAUGUCAAGGUCAUUUAUAGGACAAAUGCAGAGUUUAUGUCUCCUACAAGAAAACUCCCAUUGCUGCGAUGUGGAAAUCUUGUGAUUUCAGAACCUACUGCCAUUAUUGGAUUACUAAAGCAAAGGGGUUAUGCACUUGGAGGUGAUUUUUCAGAAAGUCAACAACAUGACAUGAAGGCAUACAUCGAACUGGUAAAUAAUGUGCUAGUCCCUGCGGAACUGUUUGUUACAUGGAUGGAUGACAGAACUUAUAAAGAGAGCACAUGUAAGCGAUAUGGUUCACCAUACAGCUGGCCGCUAAAUACUAUUCUGUGUUGGAUAAAAAGGAAAGAAGUCAUGCAUUAUCUUGAUGCAGUGGGUUGGAAGAAAGGAAAGAAGACAAUUACAAGUUUAGAGGAUGAUGUACAAAGAUGUUGUUCUGCUUUGUCUGAAAAGCUUGGAGAGAAGGAAUAUUUUUUAGGCAACCAACCUACAGAGUUGGAUGCACUUGUUUUCGGGCAUUUAUUUACAAUCUUAACUACUCGACUACCUGAUAACAGACUUGCGGAAACUGUGAGGAAAUUCGACAACCUUGUGGCUUUUUGUAGAAACAUUGAUAAAAACUUUUUUGUGCAAGAUGACAGUAACGAAAUUUCAACCACAGAUGAAUAAAUACAGGAUUUCAACACGAGAGCUAACACAGCAUGCCGAAAAUGGUAUGCAUCAUGAAAGAUUUCCUUUUGCGAGCAAUUGCAAAACUUGUGUCUAUUUGUGAAACUGCUAUUUUUAUAAUGUCAUCAGUUGAAUAGUUCAAAAUUGAUGAAUUUUGUUGUCAUCUAAUGUACCAGUGGUUCCCAACCUUCCAUGGCUUGUGGACCCUUUUUAGGGGGGGUUCUCAUGGCCCCCAUGUUUAUCAUUCAAGCUGUGUUUAUACUGUUAUUUUGAUUGGUGAAUUUUAAAUCUCAUUACCGGUAUGUUCAAACAAUUCAUGAUCAACAAAGUGAAAACACCCUUUGAAA